UGUAGGAUUCGGGCGCCUUCCGCUGUUUGUGAUGCUUUUAUAGAUCUACGUGUUAUCAGGUUUUAAGGCCGAAGUUCGAAGGUAUCUUGAAGAAUCCAGUGCUACUUUUACGUCUUGAACAGUUCUUUUCUUUCUAGUGAAUUUUGAUUUAAUUCCUUGGCCAUAAAGGUACCUACAAAGUUAUCUGAAAAAUCAUGAUGAUAUUUGAGGAUAUUCUAAAAGAUGUCGGAGGCUUCGGACCUUACCAAAAAUUCCUUAUUGUUAUUUUUCUGAUACCCAGCUCCAUAGUCAUACCAUGGUUCUCCAUGAGCUCAAUAUUUCUGGCUAGCAUACCCGACCACUGGUGUUAUGUACCAGCAGUUUCUACUUCUAAUUUAUCCACAGAAACACAAAGACAACUGAUAAGUCCACCGCAUGAUCACCAUUGCUCGAUGUAUGACAUCGAUUAUGCAAGCCUUAUGGAAUCAAAAAAUUAUUCCAUUGAUCCAAACUGGCCUAUUAAGGAAUGUGCCAAUGGCUGGCAAUUUGACAAGACGAACUACGACGAAACCUCUGUUUCAAGAUGGAACAUGGUUUGCAAAGACGAUCAUUACAGCAGUCUUGUCCUUAGUUUGAUGUUUGUCGGCAUAACAGUGGGAACGCCACUCUUUGGCCUCAUGUCAGACAGGUGGGGACGGAAACCUACAUUCUUGUUGACGGCUUUCGUGAUAGCGGUGACUGAUAUUGGAUCAACACUUAGUCCAUACUUUGAACUUUAUCUUGUGUUGAGAACUCUCAAUGGACUCUGCAUUACUACAAUAUACACAUUAGCGUUUAUUUUACUUUUAGAACUGGUCAGUCCUGAUAUAAGAGCCAGGGUAAACGGUUUAGCAACUACAGCCUGGACAAUAGGCAUGUGCACGUUGCCACUGAUUGCUUGGCUCACACGAAACUGGCUAUAUCUUAGCAUCACCACAACAGCAGCUACAUUUUGUCUUCUGCUUUAUUGGAGGGUGCUUCCCGAAUCUCCAAGUUGGUUAAUCUCACAAGGGAGAUACGAAGAAGCCCAUACUAUCUUAUCCAAGAUAAGCAAGUCUAAUUCUAAAACUGUGCAUCAAACGGAUCAUCUUAUGGAAGCAAUAAAGAAAUUGGGCGAUCAGUUGCAGAAUCAACAAAGUGCCGAAGAGAAAGCUUCUCCCUUAGACUUCUUUAAAUAUCCAAAGUUAAGGAUGAGAUUUUUACUCAUCACGAUUUGUUGGAUAAGUGGAUGUUUGCCAUACUAUGGACAUCAAGUGAAUGCUCGAAAUUUGGCUGGAAAUGAGUUCCUGAACUUUCUAUAUCUGUCGGCCGUGGAAAUACCAGCAACUCUGUUUGCAUGGGCAAUGAUGGAAAGCAUGGGAAGAAAGUGGUGUUCUAUUGUUUCUUUCUCAUUGGCAACAUUUGCUUGUAUUCUACCUAUGGUGUUUCCAGCAGAAAUGGCAAUGAUUGGAGUUAUAGCUGCUUUACUUGCAAAAGCUGGAACUUCUGCAGCUUAUAUGACAGUAUACAUCCAAGCACCAGAAUUAUUUCCAACCAGUCUGAGAGCAGUUGGAAUGGGCAUGUGUUCUACAAUAGGCAGUGGAUCAACACUAUUAGCACCAUAUAUUGUCUACUUGGCAAAAUUUGGAGCCAAUAUACCAUUUAUAUGUUUUGCUGUCAUAGCGCUUUGUGGUGUAAUUGCGGCUUUGUUUUUGCCCGAAACUCUGGACCAAAAACUUCCUCAAACUGUAACAGAUGUAGAAGAAUUUGUUUCCAAACGACCAUUUUUCGCCUGUGGCAGGUUUGAAGAUGCUGAGGACCCUGAACCAUACCCUCCAUUCCAGCCAAUUAUAGGAGCGAGAUCCUCUAUUAUGAGAAAACGCUGGAUUGAUCCUAUAGAAAUCCGAUGUGUAACCAAAAGGAACUCAAUGGAUUCCGUCAUGGGAGUUUUUGUUCUUCCAGCGCCAGAAGUCAAAACCCUUCAUGUCUGAACACACAGAGCACAUUUUGAUUUUGUAUGCCAACAGAAAAAAGAAUUUUGAAGAGCCAAAAUAUCACAACUGAAAUUUGUCUUUUAAUGAAAUAGUGAUCAAAUUCUAUGAUAAUGAGACUUCACAACUCUAUCCAACUGCCUUUCUCAUGCAAAUAGACUACUUAAACAUUAUCAAUGCGUUUAGCUGAAAUCCUCGUACUAGAAUCAAAAUAUUAAACUAUAUUGCUCUGAAGUUUGCGUUAUGAACUUUUAGGUUCAGAGUAAUAAACAUUCACCGGAUAAUGUUGAAGUCUAAGGCAAUAUCUGUAGUAAAUUUUCAUCUCAGAUGAAUAAUAAGAAUGUAAGCUUCUCGCCUAGUUUUGAAUGAUUUGAUUGUACGCUCAACACGCUCAAAACAAAAUAUCAUUUGGAAAGAAGAAAGAAGAAGGAGUCAUUUUCAUCGCUUACAGAACUGUUUACAAAAGGCAUCGAUAUUCUCUGUCUCUAUUAACAAAGAUGUAUAUUAUCUUUUACAUCUUUUUUGAACAAACAUUCAUACUGUAUGUAUUUUAUUAUGUGCUGUCUACCCAUUUCAAACAAAUAUGAAUAUUUGUGUGCAUUUUCAAUUGAUAUGGAAGAAGCAUUAAAUGUGUACAAAGUUUGAUGCACCAGCUUCUAGGAUUAAGCAAAAUUAAAUCCCUUAGAAUUUAACAUGUUUUUAUGUUAUUCAUUCUUCAAAACUAACAGAAAUAUUUAUGAGUUACAAUUCUCUGGUACAGAAAUGAAAGAAUUAAUUGCAUCAACAUAAUUCAUGUCAUUCAUUCAUUUGCAUGUGUCUUCUAUUAAAUAAAAGAAUGCUUAAAUUUAU